AUGUCUCCCUUUAAGACGGCUGAUAUUUUAUUGAAAGCUAUGAAACAACUCGACAUCAUGGAGUCAACCGUCACCGUCGAGAAAGCCAACGCUAUGAAGCUAGCCAGCACCUCCGAGACAGUCGACACUGCCGAGCCAGUCAACACCGCUGAGCUAGUUAACACGACGAAGUUAGUCGCCGCCAUGAAGUCAAUCAACGCCACAAAGUCGGCCAAAACCAUGGAUCUAGUCGAGCAAGAACAAAUGAGCAUGGACCUCCUUUGCGACCAGUUUUCCAAGAUGAAGAUUAUCCAAGAGCCCGACGACUGCCACAAGCCCGUCCACCACGGCCCGAAAGAGUGCCAGCUAACAUACUCACCCCCCUACCGCAUGCCCGAGCGCGACAGCAAGCCGCCAAACUACAUGAUCAAGUUCGACCUGGCCCCGGGCCACAUCGCCCUCCCGCGCAUCUACCGCACGCUCUCGUGCCCCGCCCACGCGACCUUCGCCUCGCUACACCUGGCGCUCCAAGUAGCCUUCGAGUGGACCGGAACCCACCUUUACGAUUUCGGGGUCGUGGACCCUACGUUCGUGGACUACACUCCGGUAGAGGACGAGAACGCGGCCGCGUGGCUCAUUCACGCGGCGCAGAAUACGCCGGAUGGAGAGCCGCUGCCGCCGUUCCCGGAGCGAGAGGAGGGGGCGUCGAGGCGCUUUUUGCUGCGCUUGGUGGAUCCUACGAGUGAUGCGUUUUAUCGACGCGCGGAUCGUCUGUGUGAGGGACUGAGAGGACAUCCUAGAACGCUGGAGAGCGGCGCGGAUGAGGUGGAGUUGUGUGAGGUCUUUGAGGAUCCUGAGUAUCGAGGCAAGCAAUUCACUUAUACCUACGACUUUCACGAUAAGUGGGACCACCACAUGACAAUCCUGGGACGCGGAGAGGCGACAGAAAAGUUCGCGUGCAUCGACGGCCUCGGCCACUGCGUUGCCGAGGAGUGCGGCGGCCCGCGAGGAUGGGCUAAUCUCAAGGAGGUGUACAGCGCCGAGCACCCGAACCAGGAACAGCUCAGCUACCGCUUUCUCUACGAGCACGGAUGUCCCAACGGCGACCCGAACGGCCUCGCUGGCACCCGCACGUAUGAGUGGGAUAGGAACACAGUAAACACUGUUCUCGCGGAUUAUGACCUCGCCGACUUCGUCCAGGGAUUCGGAAACCCGAACUAUCAGUCGCAGCCAAGGGACGUGCACAUGGCAUCCACUAGCCUAUGGGCCCAGUGA